AUUCACAGGUCAUUGCUGACACAGACAAAAGAAACGCCAGCGAGCCACAGCCGACCAGCGCCCAGACGCAGAGACCAUGGGCCACCCAUCCAUCGAUGACGCCAGUCGUGGACUGACGAGCAGCUCCAGCAACCACAUCACUACGUCACUCGGCGAUCAUCUCAGCGCCGCCUCCCUGAUUCCAAUCCACAGCUCAUUCUUUCUCUCGCAACAAUAAAUUUAUCCUCACCCCUGGCCCUUAAUUCCUUCAAUUCUCUUUCACACAAGCAACCAAUAUCAUUAACGACAACUGAUCCGGCUACUAUAAUCUCAAAACACAUCCACGACUGAGCCAUAAUGAAGCUUCAUUUGGCUUUUUGCCUAGUCUUUGUACUGGCAACCGCUGAGGCUGUCGGUGCAUCUAGCUGGUUCAGCAAGGCCGUAUACAACAAAUGGCACGAAACUGAGCUGGAAAGAUGGCUUUCCGACCAUGACAUUCCGUAUCCCUCUCCUGCCGAUCGCAAGGAUCUCGAGAGCUUGGUGAAGACAAACUGGGAAGCUAAGGUUCAGAAGCCUCUGGGCCAUACCGUGGAACAGUCUCCGGAGCACUGGCACAACGCCAAGGAAUGGCUUUUUGACACAUGGUCGGACUCCCAGCUCAAGGCCUUCCUUGAUCGUCAUGGUAUUCCUGCUCCUCAGCCACGCAAGCGUGAUACUCUUCUCAAGGCCGUUCGCGAGAACUACGAAUCCGUCGCCCAGAAGCUUGGUGAAGCUGUCUCUUACCCCGGUAACUGGGUGUAUGCGCAGUGGUCUGAGUCUGACUUGAAGGAGUGGUUGGACGAGCGUGGCUGGCCUGUGCCCCAGCCCUCGACCCGUGACAAGCUUAUCGCUACUGUUCGACGCAAUGCUAGACUGGCUGGCCUCCAGGCUAAGUCCAUUGCUGCUUCCGCCUCUGCGUCUGCAGACAAGGCACAGGCUACCUUGAGCGAAGCCUUGUUCAGCGCCUGGUCGGACUCUGAGCUGAAGAAGUUCCUCGACGAGCACGGUGUCAAGGUUCCCCAGGGCUCCAAGCGCAACGAGCUUAUCGCUUUGGCGAGAAAGCACCGUGCCUCUCUGGUGAGCCAGGCCUCGACUGCUGCCGCUACCGCAUCUGCAAGCCUCUCCUCCACUGCUACCGAAGUCAUCGGCGCUGCCACCACCAAGGCUGGUAAUGAAUACGCCCGUGCCACCGAUGCUGCGCAGUACAAGGGUCAGGAGGCCUUUGACUCUCUUGUUGAAUCCUGGUCCGAAUCCCGCCUCAAGGCUUACCUUGACGCCCGCGGCGUUCCCGUUCCCCAGAAUGGCAAGCGCGAUGAGCUUUUGGCACAAGUUCGCCUGAACGCCCACAAGGCCGCCACUGGCUGGAGCGCCUGGACUUUCGACACCUGGGAUACCGAGCACUUGAAGAAGUAUUUGGCUUCUAUGAAUGCCAAGGCAGCCCACCAGGCCGAUAUCACCCGUGAUGAGCUUGUCAAGCAGGCUCAGGACACCUACGCCCAGGCCUCCCAGGCUGGUGGUGACCAGCUGGCUUCUGCUACAUCCUACAUGGCUCAGGCCACCGACGCUGCCAAGGGCUCUGCCUUCGACACCUGGUCUCACUCCGACCUUAAGGCGUACCUUGACUCGUAUGGCAUUCCCGUCUACCAGGGCUCCAGCAUCAACGAACUCAGAGCCGCGGCCCGCCGCAACGCCGAGUACUUCAGAUACGGUACCUCCAGCCCUCAGGGCACCAUCUUCGCCAAGCUCCAGGACCUUUCUCAGUGGGUUUGGGAUCAGGUCAAGAUCGGCGCCGCCAGCGGCAGAGCUCACGGCCAGGAAGCUGCUGAGAAGGCUUCUGAGGUCGCGAAGGACCAGGCUAAGACGCAAGGCUUCAAGGCCGCCGACAAUGUGAAGACCAAGGGUGCUGAGGCCUCUGCGAGCCUGCGCAAGGAGUUGUAAAGCGUGAUCUAUCUUUUAGUGUAUGUGGGUUGCAAAGGAAUGGGGGUAAAGCGGUGCUGGUGGGACAUGAUUUUAUGACUUAACGUAAUAGUUAUGGGCUGGCAGAAUAGUCUCGAAAUUAUUUCCGUUUUCAACUUCACGCUGUUCUUAUGAUAAGUAAUCAAUGUAUCGAUACUUCUUACUAAAGUAAUAAUGGAC